AUGGCGCUUGUCGGCCCGGAGGUCGUAGAGGAUUGCCAGCUGGCUAUCAAAACGGCGAAAUUUGAAAGCGAAUAUGCCAAAAUCAGUGGACGCAUGGCACAGCUGCUGGAUGCCGAGAGAACUCGUGUCAAACACAUGGAACAAUUACUACUCCAGUUCGAAAAUGAUACUCUACGCUCAGAAUUGGAUCAAGUCAAUGGGCGACUAGCCACCGUUAUGCAGGCUGAGUCUGAUAAUUGCCUUCAGUGUCAUGAGGCUUGGAAAGAAGUUGAUCGCUUGCGGAGUAUCAUAAAAGCUUCAUCUCACGAGAUCGAAGGCCUUCAUGAGAAACUUUCUUCUUUAGGCGACACUACCUUUGAAUCCAGAGACCUUCUUGCAGAGAAGACCCGGCUCUCAAAAGAUCUAUCGAGAUUACAGACAGAGUUUGAGCGAAUGAGAUCACAGAAUGCAUCUUUACAGGAUCUUCUCGCAGAAAAAAGAGAUCUGGAACGACAAUUAAGCAUACAGAUGGAGGAUGACAAACGUACACACGAGUGUAGCCAAGCUCGAGAUAUGCAACAAAAGCAGGAAAUCGCAAACCUUACAUCACAGCUCGAAAAGGCCCGUAAAGAAUUGGCAGAGGGUGCUGGUACUGUUGAGCGGCAGGAACAUAAUUCUCAAAGACAGAGUCUGGAGUGGACGACACAGCGGAAUACAUAUGAACGCAAGAUUGAGACUUUGACCAAAAAACUAAAAUCUACAAAAUCUCAGCUCGAAGAAGCCCAGAAGCCUCAGCAAAACCGCCAAGCCGAUGUUACAACAGACGAUACAAGUAAAGCCAGUCAUCGAGGCCGUGCUAUUCCUCAGCAACCGAUGGCACAAUUUAACCCAGAUAUUACUAUCGCAACCCCAGGGGCCAUCCAGAAGCAUGAAAAAGCCAGACAGCCAUCAGCAUUACCUGGCGACAAAUCAGCUUUUUCGAUAACUCCCUAUCUGAGUCGUACAAACGCCCCACUAGAUACUCCCGUGAGUUCGGAAGAUGAUAUGGAUGAGCUUGGCGCCGUUGAUUUGAAGGAAACGAUUGAGUCUCCGUCAAAUGAGGCUGGGUCUGGUGGCAGCAAAGACGUUGAUACUGGUAAAGGCCUACCUCGCAAGACAGCAAAGCAAAAACAAACCAAGCUACAAGCGAAAGAAAGCUCGGCUAAAGGGCCGGGCCGCGUCGACAGUGACGACCAACUUGAGGAUUUGAGUGGUCUGCACGCCCAAAAAGGUACCGGUCACGGGCCGGCUAAACCAAAAAAGCGAAAGCUUGGUGGUCAACGUGAUAGAAACUUGUUUGAUGAGGAGGAAGACGAGCUUCACGAAUACCGAAAGCCAGGACGCAAGCUGGCCCUCGGUGCAGGUCGAAAUCUAGCCCUAGGUGGUUUUCAACCUGCCGGCGGUCUACAAGCAUUUUCACCGUUGAAACGCGACAGGAAAAGACAUUAG